AUGCCCUCCUCAGUGAAGCCAUCGGCGUAUCCGGCCCUGCCCUUCCACCUCAUCCGCUUCUUCAUCUUCCUCUCCGCCCUCGUCGUCGGCGCAAUCCUCGCCGUAUUCAUCUACCAUCUCCACGCCGAUGGCUUCAAACUCCCCUACUCCUUCAUCGUGCUCCUCGUGACAGCCGCCCUCUCCCUCGCAAACCUCAUCCUCACCUCCAUAAUCCACUGCAGCUGCAGCCUCUCCACCAAACUCUCCCUAGCCCUAAACAUCAUCCUCACAAUCCUAUGGGCCCUCAGUCUCGGCCUCAUGGGCUGGAGCAUGGCCGGCUCAAUAACAACCUCCUGCACAACCGCCGUCUGGGGCAACUCCGCCGGAAUUACCGUCUGCCGCUCCUACAAGGCCCUAUUCACAUUCACCAUUACCGGGCUAGCCUCACACAUCGCCGCAAUCUGGCUCGAUGUUGUCGUCCGCCGUCGCGAAACUCGUUUCGGGAACUACGGCGCUAUGGGAUCGGGCGGCUUGGAUGAUACGGGCGCAUUCGAUGCGAAAAUGGAUGAUCGUCGUGACUCGACUCCCUUGCAGGAUUUCCAUGAUUUGCCUGCUAUGCACGGGGGACAGACGCAUUAUCAGCAUGAUGCUUAUCCGGAUGGUCAAAGUUAUGGUCAUGCUCAGGGUCCGUAUGAGCGCAAUGAUCAUGCUUACGGGGAUACGCAGGAGUAUUAUGAUAAUGCGCCUGCGUCUCGGCCGAGGGUGAGGUUUGGAUCGCAUGAUCAGGCGUACCAGAGGCCUGCGGAGCAGACUGGGUAUGAUCCUGCUAUGUAUCGGUGA